AUGGAGUCUACAGCCAACUAUAAAGUGAAGUUGGGCUUCUGGACAAAUUGGUCAAACGGCAAGAUUCUCGGCGCGACCAUGACAACGAGUCGGCAAAAUGGUGGCUUCCUGAUCGCUUUCUUGGCUAUUUUCGUUGGCAUGGCGGGGAAAAGCUUCUGGCGUUUGGGAUGCUUCACGAUUCACUGCUAUCUCUCAUCGGCAGAACCUCAAGAUGGCGUCUACCACCAACGGCAAGCUAUCCUCCGCAACUCGGAUACUGCAUUUGAUGGUGUAGCCCGACUCUUUGCCUUAAUGUUUGCAUGGCGAUCCGGCCUUCGAGCGCAAAGAUCUCUUCUUCGCCUUUUGCCAACGGUCAUUAUGGCUUUCAUAAUCUCAGCGGCUUUUGGCGUGGCCUCCGUCUUCUCGUCAAGCGUCACCAGUGAGACACUUAACCAAGUGCUCCUAGAAGGUCGUAGAUGUGGUCUAUAUCUGACUGGACUGCCGGACAAUAUUACUAAAGAGCAAUCUCUCAGUGUACCCUACAGUACCGAAAGGGCGAGUCGAUUCCUUGACUAUGGGCGGCAAUGCUAUGUGGACAAGACACAAGUGGAUGGAUGUAACCUCUACACAAAGCCUAGACUGCCACUGAAUUCUGAACGCGGCGUGAAAUGUCCAUUUGGGGAGGACAUCUGCAAGAUCAGGGACGAUAACCUCCUCAUGGACACAGGAAAUCUCGACUCCCUUGAAGAUCUCGGUAUUAAUAUCGAUCCCCAAUACCGCUUCGAAUUGCGCUUCGUCACUACGUGCGCGCCACUCAAGACGAAAGGAUACACGAGCGACUACAAUGACAGCAAGCAAGGUGCGGUAAAACGCUACUUGUAUGGCUCCGACGCGAACUCUCGCCAAGUCAUCGAUUUCACAUACGAAGUUCCCCUUGAUCACGUAUAUCAACCAAGUGAUAAUUCGACAUCCCAGAAUGUUCCCCGUAUGGAGUAUCAACUCGGAGCGAGGAUGGCCACUCCAAUCACGGAAGAAUCGGUUGAAAACCUCGACAUCGCAUGGGAGCCUAUAGAUGCACUCAAAAAGCUCGACGCGGACGUGCACAUCUUGUUCAUGUCUGCCCCUGGCAUAUUUUAUUCCGACCCUGUCAGCGACCCUUGGUUCUCGGCGCAAAAGUCUAUGAGUCGGGUCCACAGUGGGGGAAAGGAGUAUAAAUUUUGGCAGCAAGACGAACCGCUUGGUGUGAUGGCGUGCACACAGCAGGUCCAAUACUGUAAUCCGAAAUUAUCCGAGGGUGAACGUUGUGAGCCCCUCCGUGGGCUGUUUGAUAAGAAGAGAAGUGGAUCGCUCGCGAAGACCUUUCCAUCAGAAAAAGCACUCGCCGCAGUUGUAUGGGCAGAUCGAGUCUGGUCAAACACCAUGAACUUGUUUUCCGAUGCAGUCUUUUACGUUGGCGCUUCCGCUCUUCGCGCCCGUUACAGCCUCUCGGGUGCAGGCUCAGGGCCCUUGCCCGACAAUCAAUGGCAAAUUGAAGCCGAGCACUUGCAGAAAGGAUGCCUAGCGUCGCUACAAGAUGCUUUCGUCCUAACAGCACACGGCGUUCCUGAAGCCCUUGAGGAAUUUCGCCAGCCUCCCUUGGCUAACGAGACCAUGCCCAAGUUGAUCUGCGCAAAUCAGAGGAUAACUUCAAACAGCUAUUCUUCCUUCAAUAUGAUGGGAGUCGGACUCAUCUUGGCUAUUGGACUGCUCAUCAUAAUGUUAGACCUGGGUCUUGCUCCAACACUCGCAUGGUGGCGGCGUCACAAGUACGGAAAGCUACAGCUGCAAGAUGCAGAGAGCGGGAUCGAAGAAAAACCAGGUCAUCCAUUGAACCACACGCUUGAGUGGUCGCAAACAUCCAUACUGCAAUUACAGCGCCUUGCACACGAGGCAGCUGGAUACGGAAAUUGGAGCGGCUGCGACGAGACUGUGCCAGUUUCUCAUCGAGGCGAGCUUCUCGCAUGUCUCGACCUUAGCGAUUUGAAGCAUCCAAAAUAUCAGACUAGGAAGACGACCAGUAUUUCGGAUCUUGAGGAGCAGGGUUUUCCGUCUAGGCCGCAAAUCAUCGAACAACAUUACAGUAGUCUGGAAAUUCCAGCAAGCGAAUCUGGAGUGGGGGAUAUUUCCCACAGCGUCGGGAAUUCAGAGGAAGGAAGCGAGCAAAAUGAAGCUGGCUCGAUGAUAAGCGUUGAGAUCGAAAACGAGACGGAGGCAGACAAUAUUAGCCACAGCGCCGUGCAUCCGGGUGAUCAAAGCGAGCAAAGCGAGAUUGGCUUCACGACAAGAAUUGGGGGAAGCGCGACCGUAAACACAAGUAACGGCACUCGUCAGCAGCUUAUUGUGGACUAG